AGCCAAUAGUGGCUUAUUUUGUGUAAAGGAUGAGCAACAGGCUGGGCCACAGUAGAACAGCGUUCGAAGUUAGAACUGUUUACUUUUGGACAGAUCUGCUACUAGAAUGUCUUUGUGUUUUAAUUGUAUUUUUUAAUUAAAUCGAAGCCUCAUACAAGGAUAUUUUGCCACCGAGUCGUUUAAUAAGGCAAACUUAAUUCUGUUUAAGACCGUGGCAUGGAUGAGGUACGGCCUAGCAGUGGUGCUCAAGCCCACGGGCUGGUGCCGCUGUUUCCUCCCGGGUUGCAGGCUAUUUACGGGGAAUGCCGGCGACUUUAUCCCGAGCAGGCUAACCCGCUUCAAGUAACAGCCAUUGUUAAAUACUGGUUAGGGGGACCAGAUCCACUGGACUACAUCAGUAUGUAUAGGAACAUGGGCUGUCCAAGUCAGGACGUCCAGGAGCAUUGGCACUAUGUCAGCUUUGGACUGAGUGAUCUAUAUGGGGACAACCGGGUUCAUGAAUUUACAGGUUCUGAUGGACCCAGUGGGUUCGGUUUUGAGCUAACCUUUAGACUCAAGCGAGAGGUGGGAGAGACGGCACCACCAACCUGGCCAGCUGAACUUAUGCAAGGAUUAUCUCGCUAUGUUUUUCAGUCAGAAAACACGUUUUGUAGUGGCGACCAUGUUUCGUGGCACAACCCACUAGACAACAGUGAGUCUCGAAUCCAGCACAUGCUGCUCACAGAGGACCCACAGAUGCAGCCUAUUCAUACACCCUUUGGCUCAGUAAGCUUUCUCCAGAUUGUGGGUGUCUGUACAGAGGAGCUACAGGCAGCCCAACAGUGGAACGGCCAAGGCAUCUUGGACCUUAUGCGUGGAGUUAAAGUAGCUGGUGGCCCAUGGCUAAUCACAGACAUGAGGAGAGGGGAGACCAUUUUUGACAUUGAUCCACACCUACAACAGGAGCGAGUGGAUCAGGGAAUUGAGACAGAAGGUUCCAACCUUAGCGGUGUCAGUGCCAAAUGUGUGUGGGACGACCUGAGUCGACCGCCUGAGGACGAGGAGGACAGCCGGUCCAUAUGCAUAGGAUCACAGCCACGCAGACUCUCGAGUAAAGACACAGAGCAGAUCAGGGAGACGUUGAGGAAAGGACUGGAGUUCAACAAUAAAGCAGCACUACCGCCCAUCAACAACCAGAGGCAGAGCCACGAGAGACCUCAGAGUCGAAAGGACAGUUUAGAGAGUGAGAGUUCGUCAGCUAUCGUUCCACAUGAAUUGGUGCGAACACGUCAGUUGGAGAGUGUUCAUCUGAAGUUCAACCAAGAGUCGGGCACACUGCUGCCACUCUGCCUGCGUGGCCGGCUGCUCCAUGGCAGGCAUUUCACUUACAAAAGCAUCAAUGGAGACACAGCCAUUACAUUUGUCUCCACUGGGGUUGAAGGAGCAUUUGCUACUGAAGAACACCCCUAUGCAGCUCACGGCCCCUGGCUUCAGAUACUGUUGACAGAAGAGUUUGUUGAGCAGAUGCUGGGGGAUUUACAGGAACUCAGCACUCGUGAAGAGACUAAGCUGCCAAAGGAGUACAGCUGGCCCGAGAAGAAGCUGAAGAUUUCUGUGCUGCCAGACUCUGUGUUUGACAAUCCACUGCAGUGAGGCAAAGAUAUUUAAUCUAAAACAAAGGGCAUGUAAUGUACCUAUAAACACAUUUCAAGAGUGGACCACCAAGGAUAGAAGGCUUUUGGAACAUGCAGUAAUCUUAAGGAACCAUAAAGAUAGCUUGUCCCUGCAGAGACCGAUCUGAAGACUGUGAGCUGUUUCCUGCCAUGUCAAACUUGCCACGUAUUUGUUUUUUGUUUUUUUACAAUUAUGAAUGACGUCUAAAAAUGUCAAAUUACUCACAAUCCAGCCGGAACAGGUGGUUGACCUGCUUAAACAAUCAUAGGUGACGAGAGUAGCUGCAGGGCAAACAGGAUGUUGUCAUUCCUCCGACAUGGCCUUUCAGGUCAGACGUCAUUAAUGCAGAGCAUGCAUCCUGUAAUCACAAGACACGACUUCCUGAGUAGUAGGUUGCAGUUCUCUAAAACUAGUUCUGUUUCUCCUAGCGGCCUUAGAAAGGGCAGAAAAGUCACGCAUGGAUCGACUGUGUCAGUGCUGUUUCUCAAACCAGGAGGUGCGUGUCGUAUUUACAAAUGCUGGACAUUCAUUUUUUCAUAAAUGCAUUUGUGGUCAUACCAAAGUUUCGACUGUUGUCAGUCUGCUCCCCUCCCAGUCUGUGUCUUAACAUGAAUCAUGACUGUUAUAAUGCCAUGACUGGUUAAAAUGUCUGUUUAUCUAGCAUAACCAGUCAGGCGUCUGAUUAGCAUCUGUUGAGGAGUCUGUGUUCAUGAUCAUCUCACUGUCUUGUCUCCAGUGGCAAAUGAACUACAAAUGUUGGUUUUGAUUAAUAAGACCCCCUGGGAGUCAGACUCCUCGGUGUCUGGGACCACAUAUUUUAAGGUGACACCUGCCCUCAGCUUCCGGACUGUUACGAUCAAGGCUGCUACAUUCACUGUCUGACUCUGUCAGGAGCAUUCCAAUGCCAAAAACAAAUGUCGUUUCCUACAGUGUUUUUACACACAAGUGUACUCCUAAAAAAACUUUUUAAAUGUUUUUCUUAUUCAGUGUGACAAAUGUAAAGCUUCUUAAUAUUGUGUUUUGUUGUCUGUGUUUUGUUAUCUUUUCUAUCUUGACUGAACUGGCCGAUUGUAAACCCUAAAGUGCAUUAAAGAUUGUAGGUAUCUGCAGCAA